CACGGAUUGAAGAACACGGGGGCUGACAUGCACCUUUAACGUUGGUUUGCCAAUCCGCCAAAAAAAUGCUCUUCUACUCGUUCUUCAAGUCCUUGGUCGGCAAAGAUGUUGUGGUGGAGCUCAAGAAUGACUUGAGCAUUUGUGGAACAUUACACUCAGUUGAUCAGUAUCUGAACAUCAAACUGACAGAUAUCAGUGUCACUGAUCCUGAGAAAUAUCCGCACAUGUUGUCGGUGAAAAACUGCUUUAUCCGUGGAUCAGUAGUGCGAUACGUUCAGCUUCCUGCAGAUGAGGUGGACACACAGCUACUACAGGAUGCUGCACGCAAAGAAGCUAUGCAACAGAAACAAUAAUGUUUACAUUUGAGAAUAGUUUUUGUAGGACUGUUCAGAAGCAUCAUCUGUGGAGCUGUGUAUAAUAAUUGUUUUUUCCCCUACCUGAAGCAUUUAUGUAAAGUGUGGAAUCUGGAUUUUUUUUUUUUUAUUAUUUCCAUUUUUACCUGUGUUGUCAUGAGGCACAUUACUGAGAGGGAAUUACUUUUUUUCAGUUAGUAGUGGUUGUGUGCUUUUAAUAAUGGUUGGAAGGUUUUGUAUUGCAUCCAGAUGACUUUUGUUUUAGUUAAGUUCUUCAGACCUACUAAUUCAGGAAUAAAGUAUUUUCUUCCACUGU